CGUCAACCCACUCCCCCUCUACUUACCCCCCCCUCCUUUCACUUCCAUACCCUCUUAAUUUGAAGAGAAUCACCAUUUAUUCCCCGUCUUCUCGCUGUGCACCUUUGUUUCCUCUUAUUGAAUCACGAUCGGACCCUGCGGUGGCAUCUACUUUCCGGUUCUGUCGCUGCUUGGUGGGGAACGGCCUCUCCUUUUAUAACUUAUGCCUUUCUAGCCACUGAUGCCGGCCGCCGAACCCACGUCCGUCGCGUCUUCCGAGUCUGAUUUCGUCAAGAUGGAAGACCGGAAGAGAGGCGCUACCUAUGAUCACAAUGACUCGGCUCCCCCCUUGAAGAAACAGGCCACUUCGGUCAACGGCGGGGGGAAGCCUCACCCCGAUGCUGAUAUGCCCUGGAAGGAUGAUUUGGAGCGAUUCCAGAAGGAUGCGAUUUGGCGCCAGAUGCAGGAAUACAAACGUGAAAAGUCGUCUUUGGAAGUCAAGGUGAAAGAGAUGUCCAAAGCGACGGCCUAUCACAACGACCAUCUUCGGAUAAUCGAUGCGUGGUACCAACAGAUGAUUGACGAAAUAAAAAUUCUCAUGGGAUCCCCCGGCGAUACCAAAGACGUCCCAUCUUUCCAGAGUUCGCUGAUCUUCGAUGAAUCCGAGAAGUUUGAGAAACAUCUGAAAUCCCGCUCAGAGGGCAUUCGUCACAUUGUUUCCGGCUUUCUCGCCAACGCAGCAAAGGCCUCCCCCGACGUGUCCGACUUACAAAGCCAACUCGCCAAGAAAUUGUCGGAAGAGAAAUCUACCAUCGCCGAGCUCGAAAAGGCUUUGUCUGAAAAGCAGCAACUCGAGGAAAGUCUGGAAGAGGCCUCGUUACGCUACAUGGUAGCGGAAAAGAAACUGGACCGCGCGCGCAGCUUGACCGCUGCCAAGUUGGAAAAGCAGUACAUCUUCGGCGCGCAGCGACCAGGGGGCGACAGCGCAUCGGGGCAACGUGAACGAGAGGAUCAGGCCGGUUCGAAUGGCGCCACGCCUGGCGCCGAACGCAGCCCCGAGUCGGAGGAGGCGUAUCAUAGACUCGCAGCCGUUUCAGAGAAGCAGAAGGAGCAUCUACAGAAGCUAGAGGCGGAGAACACCAGCUUAUUGGGUCAGAUUACGGAUUUGAAUAUCAAGCACUCGAAAUUGACGGAUGACGAUUAUGCGCAUACGGACUUGUUCAAGUAUUUAAAAUCUCAAUAUGAGGAUGUCGUGAAACGGAUCAACCAUCUAGAGGCGACCAACGUGCAGCUUCGGGAAGAGUCGGCCAAAUUACGAUCGGAACGGACGGCAUACCGCAACCGGGUGGACGAAGAGACGCAAGCUGCCAUUGCUGAAAAGGAAGCGCAGUUGAUGCGCGCGGAGAAUGAUCUAGCACGCAUACGAAACGCCCGCGACGAAUUAUUGGCCGACCAGCAAAUGCGAAAAGCCGCCCAGGAACAGGAAAAGACGGCCACCACCAAGGUCCAGGAUUUGGCGGAGGCCGGGAAAGCCCAGAUCGCUUCGAUGGAAUCUGAGGUGGAACGGCUACGGUUGCAACUCGACAGCGCCAAGGCCGCGCAACCGGCGCUUGACGACACGCCAGUUGAAGAGUUACGGACCAAAUAUCAGACCCUAGAACGCCAAUACUCCAUGCUCAAUACGGAACUAUCGUCGAUGCAAACCGCCUGCAAAAAAUACUCGUCGUUAGCAUCGCAGAAAGUGACGGACUUCGGCGCGUUGGAGGAGAAGGUCGCGCGGCUCGUGGCGGAAAAAUCAAAGGCCGACCAGAAGUAUUUUGCAGCGAUGAAAAGCAAGGAGGCGCGGGAGAUGGAAGUGCGCACCCUGCGGAUGCAGAAUUCCAAGAGCUCGGACAUCAUCGCCCAGUUGAAGGAGGCCGAGGGGGCCACUCGUUCUCUGCUGGCCAACAUGGAGAAGCAAGUGAGCGAAACGAAGGAGGCGCUCAACUCGAUGAUGAAUAAACACUACGCGGCGCAACAACAGAUCACCGAGAACGGCAUCGUCAUGGACGGAUUACGGGGUCAGAUCACAGAACUGAAGACCGUCGCCAAGUCGAAAGAUUCCACUCUCGCGAGCACCUCGAGUGCGUGUCGUCAAGCGGAGACGGAGGUCGAAGCCUUGAAGGCAACGCUCGCCGAUACCAAGAAGAGCUUGGAGAAUUGGAAGAACAAAAGUCUUGGCAAUUCGUCGUCCGAGUACGAAAUGUUGAGGACACUUGCGCUUUGUACAGUCUGUCGCCGGAAUUUCAAGAACACUGCAAUCAAGACCUGCGGUCACGUCUUCUGCAAGGACUGUGUGGGCGAACGUCUCAAGUCCCGAUCUCGCAAGUGUCCCAACUGCAACCGGUCCUUUGGGAAUAACGAUUACAUGCACGUUACUCUGUGAUCGAGGAUGCACCCUUUCUCGAUCUCAUUUCACCUACCCUUCUUGUACUAUAGCCUUUUUUCUUCUUCCUUUCGCCCUUUGUUCCUUUCUACCCUCCUAUUGCCUCUUACUCCAUUUUAUUCUCGUCCCUUUGACUUACGCCUUUUAUUAUCCCUUUAUUUUCUCCCUUCUCUUUUUUCUCCCCAUUUUCCUUUCCCUUUUCUCUUUUUUCUUUCCUCGUUUGUGUCCCCUAAAUCACGGAAAAGGUUUACGGUGCGGUGUUUCAGUCGCGUACGGUUUUAGCUGGAUAGGAUAUCAAAGGGGCCGGCGUUCCGAUUUUGAAUCUUUCGUUUCCCCCGGCAGAACGAUUGCCUUUGCAUAUUGGCCAGAUAAUUGCGGAUCUCUGGUCCUCGGGUUCUUUGUUUUCUUCUUCCCCCCCCCCCCCCAUUCU